GAAAAUUCUUCCAUCGGGGCUGGUCUCUGAUCGUGUAAUCGUGUUUAAUAUUUUCAGCAUUAUUUUUCUCAGAUCUUUUACGUCAAGAGGAGCAAGACUACGUGAACAAAAUUUCCUCUUGCUAUUUUUUCCUUUUCCUGUGGCUACCUCUCCUCUCUUUCGGAUUUGGUGAAAUUCAUAGAGGAGACGUCGAUAGCGCUGUUGUUUCUUCGCUGAACUGGAAGACGAUAAACAGAGAAAUCAGCUCGAUUGCUGUGAUUAGUGCUGUUUCUACCAGUCGAGCCGUCGCCGUGAGCCGGUCGAGGCGUGCUGCGUUUGAUCUGAGGAGCAGCAGCAGCAGCAGCAACGUGUGUGUGUGUGUGUGAGCGUGUGUGUGUGUGAGCGAGUGCCUGAGCGUCGUAAGCCAGCUCCUCAUCCUCGCCAGCCCAGCCAGCAUGCACAAACACCACCACUGUUGCAAGUGCCCAGAAUGUUACGAGGUGACGCGCAUGGCCGCGCUACGCAGGAUGGACGCCCCGGCGUACGCCGACUGGCAGCCUGACCCCUAUGGAUACCCGGCUGGCUACGGGAGCGGCCAGACCCUACCUCCACAACAAGUCCCGGCCGGCGGAGGGGGCAUGGGCGGCGGGGGCACGCUGGGCAGAAGUAAGGGCAAGAUGAUGUCCUCCGGGCCUGGAGGGCCCAACCCCAAGGGCCAGUCCAAGGGCGGCCCCAAGGUGAAUGGAAACAACUCCAGUGGCCAGGGAGGAUGGUGGCCCGAGUGCACCUGUUCCAACCGGGACUGGUACGACCAGGCCAACCCUCCCCCCAUCAUUGUCAACGCAGACUCGCUGGAUGCAGGCCCUUAUGUGAACGGAAGUGAUGGCAUGUACAAAUACGAAGAGAUCAUCUUGGAAAGGGGCAACUCUGGCCUGGGCUUCAGCAUCGCUGGGGGAAUAGACAAUCCGCACAUCCCAGACGACCCAGGGAUCUUUAUCACCAAGAUCAUUCCUGGAGGAGCUGCAGCCAUGGAUGGCAGGCUGGGGGUGAAUGACUGCGUGCUGAGGGUGAAUGAGGUGGACGUGUCUGAGGUGGUGCACAGCCGGGCGGUGGAGGCCCUGAAGGAGGCGGGGCCUGUGGUCAGACUGCUGGUGCGCCGGAGGCAGGCUCCGCCCGAGACCAUCCUGGAGGUCAACCUGCUCAAGGGGCCCAAAGGCCUGGGCUUCAGUAUUGCUGGAGGCAUUGGCAACCAGCACAUCCCCGGAGACAACAGUAUCUACAUCACAAAGAUCAUUGAGGGCGGAGCAGCACAGAAAGAUGGCCGUCUACAGACCGGAGACCGCCUGCUUGCUGUCAACAACAUCGUGCUGCAAGACGUGCGUCACGAGGAGGCGGUGGCGGCGCUGAAGAACACCUCUGACAUGGUGUACCUGAAGGUGGCCAAGCCCGGCCCCGUGCACCUCAACGACAUGUACGCCCCGCCCGACUACUCCAGCACCUUCCCCACCAUGGUGGACAACCACGUGGGCCACAACUCCAACAUGGCCUACAUGGGAGCCAUGGAGCCCAAGCCCGUGUACCCGCCGCCCCAGGUCACGCCCUCCAGAUACUCCCCAGUGCCACGCCACAUGCUGGGGGAGGACGACUUCACCAGGGCCGAGCCCGUUUACAGCGCCAUCCACAAACCGCUGCUGGGGGAGCCCGGCGCCCCGGCCUCCUCCUCCCACCUGUGCAGCGGGGCGCUGGGGGACGCCCCCCCGGCCCCGUCGCCUGCCGCGUGCCAAAGCCUGGUGCCCUACAUCGGCAGGGAGCCGAGGAAGGUGCUGCUGCACAAGGGCUCCACGGGGCUGGGCUUCAACAUCGUGGGCGGAGAGGACGGCGAGGGCAUUUUCGUCUCCUUCAUCCUGGCAGGCGGACCGGCAGACCUCAGUGGCGAAUUGCGGAGGGGCGACCGCAUCCUGUCGGUGAAUGGGGUGAAUCUGCGUAAUGCCACCCAUGAGCAGGCGGCCGCUGCACUGAAGAGAGCUGGGCAGACGGUCACCAUUAUUGCUCAGUACAGGCCAGAGGAGUACAGCCGCUUUGAGUCCAAGAUCCACGACCUGAGGGAGCAGAUGAUGAACAGCAGCAUGAGCUCUGGGUCAGGCUCCCUGCGCACCAGUGAAAAGAGAUCCCUCUACGUCAGGGCUCUGUUUGACUACGACCGAACCAGGGACAGCUGCCUGCCCAGCCAGGGCCUGAGCUUCUCUUACGGGGACAUCCUGCAUGUCAUCAACGCUUCUGACGACGAGUGGUGGCAGGCACGACUGGUGACGCCCCAUGGCGAGAGCGAGCAGAUCGGGGUCAUUCCCAGCAAGAAGAGGGUGGAGAAAAAGGAGCGGGCACGGUUAAAAACAGUCAAGUUCCACGCCAGGACGGGCAUGAUUGAGUCCAACCGGCCGGUCAAAGUAAAGCGCAAAAAAAGCUUCAACCUUUCACGCAAGUUCCCGUUUUACAAGAGCAAGGAGAACAUUGUCCAGGAGCUUGUGGAGUCUGAACAAUGCUUGACUUCUAACACAAGUGACAGUGAAAGCAGUUCAAAGGGGCAAGAGGAUACAAUUUUGUCCUAUGAGCCAGUGAUUCGACAGGAGAUUCAUUACACACGGCCUGUGAUCAUCCUGGGCCCUAUGAAGGACCGAGUAAACGAUGACCUGAUCUCGGAGUUCCCACAUAAGUUUGGCUCAUGUGUUCCACACACCACUCGCCCCAGGCGAGAGAACGAGAUGGACGGGCAGGACUACCACUUUGUGGGCUCGCGCGAGCAGAUGGAGAAGGACAUCCAGGACAACAAGUUCAUUGAGGCGGGCCAGUUCAACGAGAACCUCUACGGGACCAGCGUCCUGUCUGUCCGAACUGUGGCCGAAAGAGGGAAACACUGUAUCCUGGAUGUGUCUGGGAAUGCCAUUAAACGACUGCAACAAGCACAACUUCACCCAAUUUCCAUCUUCAUUAAGCCAAAAUCCAUUGAAGCUCUUAUGGAAAUGAAUAAACGGCAGACAUACGAGCAAGCCAAUAAAGUCUUCGACAAGGCAAUGAAGCUUGAACAAGAAUUUGGAGAAUUCUUCACAGCCAUAGUCCAGGGUGACUCACUAGAGGAGAUCUACAAUAAAAUCAAGCUGAUCAUCGAGGAGCAGUCGGGGCCCUACAUCUGGAUCCCCUCUUCUGAAAAGCUCUGAGCUGCCAGCUCCACUCUCUGUGCGCGCGUGCGUGCGGAGACCCCUGCCACCCCCGCCCCUUUCCCACUCAAAGAGACCCCGCCCUUCCCCUUUUUACAGAUAUGUUUCAUAUCAAAUUUUAGUGUCAUCAUUAUGUUACUCUCAAAUGAAAAAAGAAGUCUUAUCACCAUUACUGUGACUGUGCACAUCCCCUGCAUGAGUUUCUCAGCAAUUCCAUUCAAGACUGGAAAUGCGGUUCCAAAUGAGUUUUUUUGUCAUGUAAACAAAAAAGGGAAAAAAUGAACAAAAUCCUUGGUGAAAAUGGAUGGACGAAGGAAGAAUGUCUUAAGAUGCUGGCUUGCAAGUGGGAUUUUUUUUUCCUUUCCUUUUUUUUUUUCUUUUUUCCUUUUUUUUUUUGCAAAAGUCUGGGUGAAUUGAGACAAAUCGUUAUAAAGCUGGACCUCUGAGAUGUUCAUCCAAUCAUCAUUAAAAAGACAGACUAUACUGAGCAAAGAGCAAUGAGGUUUUCUACGAGGACUGAGUAAAGAUGAAGCCUACUGAUGGUCAUACUUGCAGAAUCAUUGCUCGUGUUUAUACUAGGGAUGAAAUCGGCGUGGAGAAAACCUACAAACUGGUUCUCUUCGGGAAACACAAACCAGCUUGCUGUUGAUUGGCUGCCAGUUGUUGUGAAAGCAGUCAAUAAAGACAUCUUUGGGAGGCAGAACAAAUGGAGGAAGGGGUAUGAAUCAUUUGUAUUUCUGAAAUCACAAGGUAAAUACAAAUCCUAUGGAGAGAUUUUACUACAUAUUAAAUACUACGGUACACAUUUUACACAUCACUAGAAUUGUCUACUUGGAGGGCUGUUAGAUUACAUUUCUUUGUCCUUGGUUUUAGUGUUUUUUUUUCUUUUUUUUUCUUGUGGUUUUUAGCUGCUCUGUAAAAUGGAUGGGGGUAGAGAGGUGUAACUGGGCUCUCUGCAAAACACCAAACUGCCUUAUGAUACAAUUAUGUCAAAUUGCUUGUCUGUUCACCAUGGGGGAAGCUAUGAAAUUAUUAGAACCAAUCAAAAGAACCAGUGCGUGCUUAAAGGUUUUCCCUCCAUACAACAGGAGGUCUAACCUGAGGCUGCGACUGAUAGGACCAAGUGUCUUACCUUUGUGAAGUUGUUUUUACCUUCAGUGUUUAUCCUUUUUGUCUUAAAACGACUGAGAUGAAUUCUGAUUUUGGCAGCCAAAGCUCCCUCACCCCAAUCUUGAGCAGCAGAAAGCCCAUUUGCACUUCCUCUGCCCUCACAGACAACUCCCUUCAGACUGAGAGGUGACAUGGUACUGUCCUGUACGCUGCCUGACAGGGCGGCCUGAAAACGGGUAGAUCAAGAUAAUUGUAUUGGAUGUUCCUCUGAUUAAUUAAAGUCAAUAUAGCGUGAUCUGGACUAUUUUCCCCUCCCCUAACUGACAAAGUUUUAAUUAAAUCUAUUUGUUCUGUAUAAUUACAAAUGAUGAUGUUUUAUAUCCUUUUGACUUUGUUCCUGGGCAGUUGUUACUCCACUGUGUUGAGCCUUGUGCUGGGGGAGGGGUGGGAGGGAUGAGCUCGACUUGCUUGUGAACCUGAUGCACAGACACCGAUUCCCAGUAAUCUAGGGGGACAGAAUCAUAGGGCCAGAGAGGAAUCCAUUCUCAUGACCUUCAUUGUGAAGCUAUUAUGGAAUCUUUUCAGCAAGGGCAUUUUCAUUGAGGAGAUAAGUUGCUGUCUUAUCAGCCAAUUGGUAUUUUAAUUCUUCGUGUCUAUUUUGUUUGAUUUUAAACAACCUACAGCAUGAACUGCAUCUUCAUGCUAACUUGGGAAGCUAUCAUCUGAAGCGCCAUCAGAAGAGGAGCGAGACGCCCCUGAUGCAGCAGGCUGGUGCUCGUGCAGGCCUACCAGCCUACAUGCGUGUGAGGGGGCGACUGGCUUGCUAGAGGAAGCACUGAGCCCUUUCGCUGGUCAUCCUAUGAUUUUCUUUUUGUAUCUUUUUGACGUUGGAGACGGGACACGGAAGGCUAGCGCCGACAGGGCACCUCCAGGGGGAGCUGAUGUGGCCGUGACCUUUGAACCCCAGGCACCUGUUCCUGCAAGCGCUGCCGCAACAGGUGUCGUCCCCACCCCCCCCCAUGCCCAGGCACCAGCGGUAAACCAGCUGUCAUACCUGUGUCAAAACCAGAGUUCAGGGAAUUCAAUUUGAAGGGAACAGAGCCAUUAUAAAAUAAAUUGCUUACAGACUGUUUCAAAGGGUGUGGUAGCUGCAAAAUGUAAAUAUCCCCCUCACUUGUGCUUCAUGCAUGUGUGAAACAACUGGGACAAACAUUCUGUUUUAUAGCUCACAAAAUGUCAGGUAAAUCAAAUGUUGGAUUAUUCUGAGAUUAAUUUCCAUACAAAUGUGCCGUAAUAUUGUUGAUAUUUCUCUAUAGAUUAAAAUAUUCAGCUGCCUAUUGGAACACAUUUUCUAGUCGGUGGGGAACUGAUAACCCUAAACUUGGGCCUGUCUAUUUGUGAUUUCUUGUGGAAUUUGUCUGAGUGUAUAGAUGACAAACAAUUUAAAGUAAAUACAGAGAAACAAGACAGCAGCCUGUAGAAUGAUACACUGUAAACAAACACAGGAAGGAGAAUUACUCUUUUUCAUUUAGCUUAGAAAUGGUCCUCUGGUGUGCAGAGGAAACAGCUGACUGUUAAAAGUGUCUGGUGUCAGUCAGCCAUAUCAGUAAAAGCCCAAAGAACUUUAAUCCAUUGUAAUCUUUCGAAUGCGGUUGCUGUAUCCUGAGAUUGAAUGGGUAUGUGUGGCCUGGCGAGGGUCAGUCCCUGCCCCAGAGAAGGUCUGAUGAAAUCAAAUUAUUUAAGGAUGGGUGGGAGGGCUUCUGGAUGGUCCUUUUUGGGAGGCAACGAGUCAUUGACGUGACCGCACAUGUGCAGUAAGUGCUUGCAAAUAUGAACCCUUUGAUUGUACAGUGGUUUCCUCCCCAUGACUGCAGGUGGUAAAAACCUAUCAGGACGUUAAAGGCACACCAGUUUUUUCUAUCCUGGUCUGGAGGGAAUACAGUCCUGCUACUUUUCUUUGGGAUUUUUUUUUUUUGACUGGACAAAAGUUUUAUUUGUUUGAAAAUAAUAAAAUAUGUGACUCUG